UCGGGCGGGUCUUCGCUGGUCACUGAUCACAAGUGGCCUGACCCGGCUCCUCCCUUGGUCCCCCGAACAAGUUUACCUUGUGACUGCCGCGGCUGCUUUUUCCUUCCUGGACGGCGGAGCCUUCUGACCUGCGAUGCGUUUCCUGACCGCCACGAUCCUCCUGCUGGCGCUUGUCGCCGCCGCGCAGGCCGAGCCCCUGCACUUCAAGGACUGCGGCUCUAAGGUGGGAGUCAUAAAGGAGGUGAAUGUGAGCCCAUGCUCCACACAGCCCUGUGAGCUUCACAAAGGCCAGUCCUACAGUGUCAACGUCACCUUCACGAGCGCCACUAAAUCCCAGAACAGCACUGCCCAAGUACAUGGCAUCCUGGCAGGGCUUCCUGUCUACUUCCCUAUUCCUCAGCCUGAUGGUUGUAAGAGCGGAAUCAGCUGCCCCAUCCAGAAAGACAAGACCUACAACUACCUGAACAAACUGCCAGUGAAGGCCGAAUACCCCUCUAUAAAGCUGGUGGUGGAAUGGAAACUUGAAGAUGACAAAAAGCAAAACCUGUUCUGCUGGCGGAUCCCAGUAGAGAUCAAAGCCUAAGCCCUUCAGUGCCCUGUGUCUCUGUGGGGUGAGAGGUGGUGGAUGGAGGGAGAGAUCAGACUUGAAACCAAAUCGGUGCCAUAAGAUGAACAGAAUUUCAAGACUGCUGUUUUAUGCCUCGACCUCCAUAAAAGUAUCUGCGACCCUACUACUCCUGAGAGUUCAGAGCCAUUGCCCCUUUGUUGAGGCUGCAGAGGAAGAGAGACUGGAGGGAAGAGGGGACUGGAGAGAUUAGUCUCCUGUUUGCUGUUGGAUUAAGGUCUCCAGGCCCUGCCUGAUGGGAUGGGGACGAGGUUGCUUGACCCAGGGCCUGCGAUCCGUGAAGGGUGGCUUCCAGGAGACGUCCCGCUAGCUGGGGUAUUGUCUCUUAAGUGCCUCCUGAGUCCCGUGCACCUGGCUAAUCGGUCUACUGAGUCUCGAUGGUACCCUCAGCCCUAACGCUUCAACAAUAAUGACUAACUCUCCACUGUACCCAGAGACUGGAGGAGGGGUGUUCUGCCACAGAAAUUUAGCUCUGAGCAGCUGCUUCUUUAUGGUUAAGCUCUUGUUUCUUGUUCUUUAGUGGUUUUCAUUAAAGACAAUUCUUGGUUGCA